AUGGCGGCGACCGCGCGCUCGGCGCUCCUUCUUCCCCUGCUGCUCAUUCUUCUUCCAGUCUGGCGGACGCUCGCGGUUUUGGGGGCGCCGCAAGCGCACGAGGCGAGCGGCCCCGUCGAGGAUUCGAGCGUCAGCAACAGUAGCAGCACCACCGCCGCCGGAGGUCCCGGAAAGAAAGGGCAGACGCUGAGCGGCUUCAACGCCGACUCCUCGAUGGUGCAGCGAGCCUUGUACGUGCUGGUGGCCAUCACGGCCUUCGGCCUGCUUUACUUCCUCAUCAGGGCCGUGCGCGUGAAGAAAACGUCCCCGAGGAAGAAGUACGGACUGCUGGCCCGCUCGGAGGACUCGUUGGAGCUGACGGCGGCGGUGGCGAGCGACGACGAUGACGACAACACGCUCUACGAAGCUCGCCCCCUCCGCAGGACAGAAGUCACGCCGUGACGCGGCAAAGCCACGGCCACGUCACUUGGUGUGUUCGCCUGAGUCGCCGGAUAAGACGAUCCGCGGAAAAAUCAACCAAAGAAGACUUUUCGUUUUGUUUGUUAUUCUUCUGAGAUACAUUUUGUUCAAUUUUGUUUACAUCUGUUUGACAUUUAUUGCGCUAUUUGUUUUAUUUUUACUUUUAAAGAUAUUUUAUUAUAUAUUUGUUGUUGUUUUUCCAAAGAGGAGGAGGAGCUAGCUGACUGUCGCCACUCGUGAUUGGUCCAAUCACUUUUACCAAUCUUGGUGCUGAGCAUCAUGGGUAAAGUGGCCUUUUUUUUCCUUUUUUUUGGACUGAGUAUGGGGUGUCACGGUGGUGGGUGUAUUGCUGACGUAUGUCCAGCAGGUGUCGUUUGGACCAAAACAUUCACUCCCCCCCCAAAGCAAAUUAAAAUGGAUACUUUUUCUAUGAGUGAAC